AUGUUUCCUAGAAAAAAGGCCAGGCCGAAUUCUGAGGAAAUGACCAUCAAGGACGACGCGCAGACCCUGGUCAGCACCUCAACAAUACAGACACAGACCCCUACGUCACAAUCACAGGCAUCUCAGGCGUCACCUGCAGCAGAGACAGAUCAAAACACCAACUCAGAGGUGCCAUCAGAGCAACAGAUCAUGGGCGACUCUGAUGCUAUAGCGCGAAGAAGUACCAAAGACGCCCCAAGGCCGAGGAGUUGGUACGGCUCCUGGCCACGAGUUCCUAAAGCCUCGGCAUCUACCUCCGUCGCGAAAGAAAAUAUCUUUGGAGGGACAGUAAAAUCCAAUAAAUCCCCCGAUCUGAGUCGGUACGAGGCGAAAAAGAGCGACGACAACGCCAGUAUUCUAAGUACGACCGAUACGAUCAAGACGAUGCCGAAAAUUAAAGAAAACAAAUCCGAUGUAACGAUGACUGAAGAAGAUGCGCAAAAUAAAUCGCAAAGUCAAGUUCAACCAAAUGUUAAACAAUCUAGAGAGUCAUCCAAGAUCAUGGAAAGCCAAGAGCCAUCAGAAAACGCAGGGAUCGCAGAAACAACAACGCAUAAACCGCAGGAAUCUGAGAUCGGUGAUGCCCAGCCUAAAUCUCAGGCUGACAUACGACCCGCAGCGACCAUACCACAAAAUGAAGCUCAGCAUCUGCCAGCAACUUCGUCAGGAUGGCUAGGAUGGUGGUCCAGAACUCCUUUCACGGAGACCCAGACAACACCAGUGCCCGAUACAAGUACCCAGACGACUGAGAUUGAGGAGACUACAAAGGAAGCUGACACUCCCCGACCUGUCACUCCACCAGCUCAGGCUGAACCCCCAGAACAGAUGCCCUCUCCCAAAAACGCUGAAGAACCACAAACCACUUCUUGGUUUCGAUAUUUGUACCCUUUGAGCGAACCUGCCAAAGUUCCGGAGAAUAGCACAAACAACCAACAGCAGCAAGAAGAAACAAGCGCAAAACCGCCCUCAGAAGACGUUGCCAUGACUGACUCUUCUCCUCCCGCCAAACAGAAUGAGUCAACCCCCAAGAGUGGUUCCACCUGGGCUUUUUGGUCUAGAGAAUCACCAAAAACGAAACAAAGCCAACCUCCAGCGGAAGAUGGAGAAGUGGCGGUAAUGGGGGAAGGGUCAGAAACCCAUCCUCGACCUAUGGCAGAGAGUGAGGUGUCACCGACAAAGGGUAGUGGCUCAGAAGACUCAAAAACGAAGGACACGCCGACGCCAGUCAAAUCCCGAUGGAUGAAGAAGAAGAACAAGCGUGCCAGGCCACAGUCAAUGGAUCUGGACCAUGCGUCACCCUCAGCAUCUGGGGCAUCAACUCCUACCAGAAUAGGGACCCCUACGCAAGAUGCCGAUAAGACGCCAGCCAAGAUUGCUUCUUCUGAUCAAUCCAUCGCUGAAUCAGAGGCAUCUACCAAACUAUCCGGUGGCAACCUUCUCCUGCCGUCCUUCUCCAGUACUUACCACAUGAAGGACAACCCAUCCAUCGUCAAGCAGCUAACACAGCUUCUGCUUCGCACACAGCAAGCCCCUCCCAACCAUGUCUUUCGAGUGGACAAACCUCCAAAGAUCAAAAAGGCCAUUGCAAUUGGCGUUCAUGGACUGUUCCCAGCAACAUACUUGCGCCCCAUGAUUGGACAGCCAACAGGUACAUCAUUACGCUUCGCUGCUCUUGGAGCUGAGGGGAUUCGAAGAUGGGCUGAAUCUCACGGCUGUGGUGAUUGUGAAAUCGAGAAGGUCGCUCUUGAGGGAGAAGGAAAGAUCCAGGAUCGCGUGGACAAUCUCUGGAAGCUCAUGCUUAACUGGAUUGAUCAUAUCCGCAAGGCUGAUCUUGUUCUAAUUGCAUGCCACUCGCAGGGGGUUCCAGUUAGUAUCAUGUUGCUCGAGAAGCUCAUUGAUCUCGGCAUCAUUACCAACGCCAAAGUCGGUGUCUGUGCUAUGGCUGGAGUUGCGCUGGGACCGUUUCCCGACUACAAGUCUAGCCUACUUAUGGGCUCUGCUGCUGAGCUAUGGGAAUUUGGAAACGCUGAGAGUGAUAACUCCAAGCGUUUUGAGAACGCUCUGAAGCGUGUAGUGGACUACGGGGCUCGUGUGACAUUCAUUGGCAGUAUUGACGACCAGCUCGUGCCGAUGGAGUCCGCGGUCUACUCACCUGCAAACCAUCCCUACAUCUACCGAGCUGUUUUUAUCGACGGACGAGUUCACGCCCCUGACUUCAUCGCUCAUCUUGUCGGAUUUGCUCUCAAGCUUCGCAACCUUGGUGUUUCCGACCAUGGAUUGAUUCGCGAACUGUCCGUCCCCCUUGCUGGCUCCCUUUACUCCGGUGCCGGCCAUUCUCGUCUAUACUUCGAUGAUGCAGUGUACGAUCUCGCAAUUGCACACGCUCUUGAAACAGCGCCUGCUGGUCCAGCGCCAGCACCAUGUACCAUCUCUCCACGCAAUGGGCCAUUGACGUCUCAGAACCCAUAUGUCUUGCCCUGGAUCAUGCGCGGCAUCUUAGAAGAGAAUUUCGUACGUACUGAGUUAAGCAGUGAAGCGGACGAGUUGCUUAAACAGUUCGACGAUUGGAAGCCUACCAAUAAGGCCCUUAAGGACGUCAAGUAUCGCCUUGAGGCUGUACGAUCUAAACUUUGA